ACUCUGCAAACUCGCCGCGCAGAGUCCAGCGCCGCGCUCGGGCGGGCAGGGGCGCGGGCGGCGGGCGCACACCUCCGCGGCUCCCCGCACCCUCCGGCCGGGGUCCGAGGUCGCAGCCCGUGGCCCUGCCACGCGCGCACACGCCCCUCAAUGACACUUGGCCGCGGCGCGCGGCGCUGAGCCGAGCCGCGAGGGUUUCCGUCGGUGGAGAGCGCCCGACUUUCCGCGGGGAAGACGCGACCUCGGGGCGGCGGCCGCGCACCAGGAGGCCGCGGGAGGCCCGGGGCGCGGAGAGCAGGGAGCCGCUCCUCCUCCUCCUGCCUCUCGCCGCCGCCGCGUGGAUGCCAAGUACGAGUUUCCCAGUCCCUUCCAAGUUUCCACUCGGCCCUCCGGCUGCCGUCUGCGGGAGAGGAGGAACUUCGGGGCCCGCGCAACCCGCCGGCGGCACCAUGAAGUCCGCGGAGGAAGAACACUAUAGCUAUGCGCCCUCCGGUGUCGGCUCUGGUCUGCCCCUCGGCACAGCCCACCCUCCGUUGCCUGCCCCCUGCCAUGACCUCCAGGCCCCGAACCCCGUCAUCUCCAUCGCUCCGUCCACCAGCCACCCCUCCGCGUACGCAGGGGCUGUGGACAGCGGGCCCAUGGGCUAUUUCCUGUCCUCGGGCCACGGCAGGCCCGGCUGCGCACCCGCGCUGGAGAGUCCGCGCAUCGAGAUAACUCCCUACCUGGGCCUGCACCAUGGCGGCGGCCCGUUCUUCCACGAUGUGGAGGUGGAGGACGUCGGUCCCCUCGCCAAGCGGCCCCCAGCCACGGCCACCCUGAACCUGCCCAGCAUGGAGUGCUACCGGGACCCCACCUGCCUGAGUCCGGCCGGCAGCCUGUCCUCCCGGAGCUGCAACUCCGAGGCCUCCUCGUACGAGUCCAACUACUCCUUCCCGUACGCGUCCCCCCAGACCUCCCCGUGGCAGUCCCCCUGCGUGUCCCCCAAGACCACGGACCCCGACGAGGGCUUCCCCCGUGGCCUGGGGGCCUGCACCCUGCUCGGCUCGCCCCGGCACUCGCCGUCCACCUCACCGCGCACGAGCGUCACCGAGGAGAGCUGGCUCGGGGCCCGCACCUCCCGGCCCUCCUCCCCCUGCAACAAGCGGAAGUACGGCCUGAACGGCCGGCAGCCGCCCUGCUCGCCGCUCCGCUCGCCCACGCCGUCCCCGCAGGGCUCCCCGCGCGUCAGCGUCACCGACGACACGUGGCUGGGCAACACCACGCAGUACACCAGCUCGGCCAUCGUGGCGGCCAUCAACGCGCUCAGCACCGACGGCGCCCUGGACCUGGGCGAGGGGGUCCCCGUCAAGUCCCGCAAGACCACCCUGGAGCACGCACCCUCCGUGGCGCUCAAGGUCGAGCCGGCCUGCGAGGAGCUGGGGACCACGCCGCCCGCGGCCGACCCGUCCCCCGAGGACUUCCCCGCCUUCCAGCACGUCCGCAAGGGCGCCUUCUGUGAGCAGUAUCUGUCGGUGCCGCAGCCCCCGUACCAGUGGGUGAAGCCCAAGGCCCUGUCCCCCGCUUCCUACAUGAGCCCGACUCUGCCCGCCCUCGACUGGCAGCUGCCAUCGCUCUCGGGACCUUACGAACUGAGGAUCGAAGUGCAGCCGAAGUCCCAUCACCGAGCUCAUUACGAGACGGAGGGGAGCCGGGGGGCCGUGAAGGCAUCUGCCGGAGGACAUCCCGUUGUGCAGCUACAUGGUUACUUGGAAAACGAGCCACUGACGCUGCAGCUGUUCAUCGGGACGGCCGAUGACCGCCUGCUGCGGCCGCAUGCCUUCUACCAGGUCCACCGCAUCACGGGGAAGACUGUCUCCACCACCAGCCACGAAGCCAUCCUCUCCAACACCAAGGUCCUGGAGAUCCCACUGCUGCCUGAGAACAACAUGCGUGCGAUCAUCGACUGUGCCGGGAUUUUAAAACUCAGAAACUCUGACAUUGAACUGCGCAAAGGAGAAACGGACAUCGGGAGGAAGAACACGCGCGUGAGGCUGGUGUUCCGAGUGCACGUCCCCCAGCCCGACGGCCGGACACUGUCGCUGCAGGCGGCUUCCAGCCCCAUCGAGUGCUCCCAGCGAUCCGCGCAGGAGCUGCCGCUGGUGGAGCAGCAGAGCACCGACAGCUACCCCGUGGUCGGCGGGAAGAAGAUGGUUCUGUCCGGCCACAACUUCCUGAGGGACUCGAAGGUGGUUUUCGUGGAGAAGGCGCCAGAUGGCCACCAUGUCUGGGAAAUGGAGGCGAAAACGGACAGAGACCUGUGCAAGCCGAACUCGCUGGUGGUAGAGAUCCCCCCUUUCCGCAACCAGAGAAUCUCCAGCCCCGUGCACGUCAGCUUCUACGUGUGCAACGGGAAGAGGAAGAGGAGCCAGUACCAGCACUUCACCUACCUGCCCGCCCACGUUCCCAUGAUAAAGACAGAGCCCACCGAUGACUACGAUCCUGUGCCCACCUGCGGACCAGUGAGCCACGGACUCAGCCCCCUCCCCAGGCCGAGCCUCGGCCCACAGCUCCUGCUUGCCCCCGGGCCUGCCGCCUGCCUCGCCACCAGCUUCGCGUCCUGUCAGCAGAGAGGCCCGGCCGUGUCACCCGUGCCCACCGCCAGCCCGAAGCUGCACGACCUCCCUCCCGCCGCGUUCGGCACAGGCAUCGGCAGCCCUGGCCCCGGGCAGCUCGGCCCCCCGCCGCCAGCUGGAGCGGCCCCCGCCAUGCAGGAGGUGCUGGGGCCCGUGGGCGCGCAGCCCGGAGCGCCGGCCCUCGCCAUGCUGCAGCCGCAGGUGAGUCCGCACCCGAGUAGCUGCUCCCUGGGUUACCGGCCCGCGCUCUACCCCGACAGCCCCUCUCCUCCACUCCUGCCCACGACCCGAGAGCCCGCCUGCCUGCAGCCCUGCAGCCCGCCCGCCGUGGGCCCCCCGCAGCCCCCGCUGCCGACGGUGCAGACAGCGGCACCUCCCACCGCCCGGCCGUCACCGCCCGAGGUGCUCGAGGACGGGGACCCCUCCGUGGCUCCCACUCCUGUCACGGUCAAGCGGGAGCCCCACGGCCUGGACCAGCUCUUCCUGGACGACGUAAAUGAAAUAAUCCGGAAUGAUCUCUGCAGCACCAGCACCCACGCGUAGUUGCAGGCUGGGACGCAGCCGGGAGCCGCGUGGGGUCCGCCGGGCACGGGGGCCACCUGGGCACACGCAGCCGUGACCCCCGCAACUGAGCACACUGCCUGGUGCCGCCGGGCUUGCAGCUACCACCUGCGAGGAGCGGAGGUUUAUGUCGGACGGACAAAAAAGCCCCCUAAAGAAGGGGGGCAGCCGAGCCCAGCCUGUCCCCGGAGGAAGAGUCAUCUCAAGGAAAGCAGGAGGCUGCGGGGAGGGGACGUCCGGGAGACAGUCUGUGCAGUGGCCCCUUGGUGGGGAUGACCCCGCAUGGCAGCUUGACCCCCAGCUUUACCUUUUGGGCACCCCUGGAUUUCAGUACUGGAAGUGCCUUAUUUAACCAAUCAGGGCAUCAGGGCAGCAUAGACUUGAUCAUCAAAUUUGCUACCGUGAGGGUAUUUGUAGGAACACAAGCUAUAAACACAUUUCAUUACAUGCUUUCUCCUUUGUAUAAAUUAAAGAAUCCUGGCUAGCUAGCUAGGGCUUGUGAGAAAAGUCGGUAUGAGUUUCCUGCUUUUCCCCAACUUUUCCCAGGCUGUAAUAUACAAUUUGUUGCCUUCUUCAGCGCAUUUUAGAAGCUUCCAACUUCUCAUCUCCACUCCAUCAUGUACUUCCCUCUCCCCAGUGUUACUAAAACCAAGGGACUGUUAAUAGUAGCAUGCUAGGGUUUUUGUUUUUAGUCGGGCUUCAAACAUAGCAGAUAAAUUGAAUAGCAUAUGAUAGGUUAUCAGACAAAAAAGGAAAUCUAUCUGUCCCAGGGCAGAUCCUGCAUUUGCAUGUAUAUACAUACCUAGGCAUAUAUUUAUAUAUGAAUAAUAAAUAACAGAGACGGCGAUUUUCAAUCUUUGCCCAGCAAGGGCUUCAGAGUUAGCAAUAGCCAACAUCCAUUUUGGAAAAUGCAUCUAAGAUUCCAAACUUGACUUUUCAGCUACUUCUGCUGGGGGAGGGGUUCGCGAUCCCUCCGACAGGUGUGCGUUUUCCAGCCUCAUGCAGAUGGACAAGCACUUUAGAGAGCCAGGAAAGACACAUUCAAGACACGUGUUACCAAAUGGCAAAAUUUGAGAGUAAUUGUAAAUAACAUUGCAAAAGGAAUGUAAUAUAUUUGUUCAAUUAUAAGAUUAUUAUUUCACAGAAGCCUUAUAACUCUCUGCUUCAUUUAAGAAAAAUAUUACCAAAAACGAUGUUUUCAAUAUGCAGUGAUAUACGUGAACGGGUGGGUUAGUGCAGCCUUUUUGUACAAUUAGCAGCUCACGGCACAUUAUCACUAGCCAUGACCUGUUUUUUCAUGUAACCAAAAAGCACGGCUCCCGGAAAACGUGACUGUGCCUUAGCGGUUACCGCCCCCUCCUGGAGCAAGGCCGGAUGGCGCCCUCGGGCGGAGAAGUCAGCAGGCGGGAUUGAGAAGGAGCUUUCUCAGAGAAAGAACUGUUUUUAAAUGUUUUUUCUGGAAGAUUGUCUUACCAUUAAACUCACAUAAAACAAAACUCUGAAAGCCAUAUUUGUAACAUUUGCACAUAACUGUGAAGAGCUGAGAAGAUAUGGCUAAAUGUACACGGCUCCUCUCCCGGGCAGGCUGCCCCCCGCCCCCACCUGUUUAACCCUGAUUAAUUUUCCCAUAUUUAGCAUCAUAGGCGUUGCAUGAAACAUUUAUUACAUUGUAUGAAAAGGAAACAUUUGAUAUUUGCAUCCGCUAUCUUUGUGGUUAGAAAUUAGCUCCAAUAAAACAAUAUUUUUUUUGCUGGACAGUCUUA